UGGGCAACCACAUGUGUCUACAAUGGUGUUGCCAAGCUGAGCACCGUAAGAGAGACACUGCAAUAUAAGACAUGCUUUGUCAUUUUAGGAAGUUGAUUGUCAAGACCUAAUCACAUGGAAAGUUAAUAAUUCAACAAAUCAAAGAUGUGAGAAAUAACUGGAAUGAAGGGUAGGUAGCGUAAGAAGUUGGACUGGGGAGAAAGAUCACUUUGUGUGUGACUUGAGCACUGAAAAGGCUCGUAGCCUGCAUACAAGUCCUGAGUCACCUCUCACAGUCUGCUCUGGCAGACAGAGAUGGAGCUUGGCUGCAGGUCUCGCUCUAUCUGUGUAGUCCUAGCUAUCUGUGUAGUCCUCUAACCUAUGUAGGCUUUUAUUUUUUUGUCCGGGUAGGGAGGCUAUCAUUAUGGGAAUGUUAUGUGGAAAUUAAAUGAGACCAUUGACAGACAAGUACUAAACAGCUGCCCCCUUACUCCACAACUGAAACGGCUAAACCAUGAAGAUCUGCACAUGAAGAAAGCAGGUUUCAGAGUGAAGAAAGCAUUUUCUGCUGCCUCUUCCCUGAGGGAGAGAAUGCCAGCAUCCAGAGAAGGACAAGCAGACAGGAGCAGAAUAAUGUGCUAAUAUCACUUGAAUAUUCCCUCACUGUCCUAUUUUAGGAACACAAAAUGCUCUUUUCUGUCACUUUACCUCCCCAGUUGCCUAUUGUAUGGCCCAAGUGUGAUGACAGGAACAGACUGUCUCAAGACCCAACGGUACUAUAUUGGGGCAAAUACUCUGAAUAAACAAGAGCAAUUCCAAGAGGAAAUACUCAAAGAACGUAUUGCAAAAGCAGAAGCUGAUGUGUGGGUGCAGGCUGAUAAACGCCAAAAACAAGCAAUCGAGAAGGCACUUGAAGAAGCAAAUGACAAACACAAAAUGAAUAUUCAGAUUCUGAAAGAAGAACAUCAAAAAGACUUACAGGAAAUGGCAGCUAAAACCAAGAUAGAGAUGCACCAAAACAUGGAAGAUGAACUACAGAGAGAACACCUGGCUGCAGAACAACGCAUGGUGCAUAGAAUCCAAAGGAUUGUGAUGGAGUGCCACAGGGAGAAGGUCCAGGCUGUGGAGAAGGCCAGGGCUGAAGAGAGACAGAUGGCCCAGGAGGCAAUCCAGGCCCAGAAAAGAAUGGCCAUGGAGGAACUUUUGAAUACUGGUAUAACAGCUAUGAAGGAUCAAAAGAAGAAUGUGAGCCAACUGAUAAAAGAAAAAGAACAUGAAAUGAACGUCUACUAUUGCAUGGCUCAGAGGCAGAAGCAAGAAGAGGUUCAGGAAGUGCUCCAAGAGGCAGAGAAGACACAUCAGGCCACACUUGGAAAUGUGAUGGAUAAGCUGGUUAACACCCAGGGGGAGCUGCUGUCCAUAGUGAAACAGCUAGGCAUCAUGACAAAUUGGAAGGAUUUCCUGGAGGAGGAAUUGCAGGAAACAAGGGCAGCAUUUCAAAAAUACAUCAAUUAUACAUUUCCUAAGCUUUCACCAGGACACGCAGAUUUUAUUCUGCCAGAAAGAAAGAAAACACCUUCCAAUCUUAUUAUUGAGGAGAAUGAAACAACUCUUGAUUAGAAGAAGUCUUUAACUGAAAUUUCACUACAAAGCCAUUGUUCCGAAGACUAAAUAAAUGAACUCAAAAACCA